UCAGUGUUACAUACAGCAGAGAAAGUGAAACUGAACACAGCGCAUUGCUCAUUUUAAAUACUACAUUAAAUUUGCAGAUAGAAAAUGAGGUUCGAAGUUUUUAUUAGAGACGAGAGAGGACAGACAAGAACAGUAUGUGUGGAUUCAAAGGAGGAACUGAAGAACAUGACUGUAGAAGAGUUCAUAAGAAGAUCAUUUCCCAAAGACAACAGGGAACUCAGAUUUAUCUACAACGGCAGACAACUGCAGGAUGAUCAUACACUUGCUUCUUAUAACAUACCAAGUGGAUCUACUAUAUAUGCACGUGUUUGUCUACGAGGUGGUGGAGGUCCACCUCCACCUGAAGCUGAAGAUAAAGGAAUACCCAGGACUGCAUCAAUGGACAGAUUAGCUGAAAUGCAGCAGACUGAGCCAGAACCCAACACAUUAUGUCUGAUUCUGUAGUUCAGUUCAAUCUCAUAUAAAUCCAUACACUCAUGAGUGUAAUAUCAUUAACUAGCAUAAAAUACACUGUCAUACAUUCUAUUCUGAUUUCAGCCUCUUAGAGUAAAAUAGUUCAUAACACAAAUAUAAACAGUCACAAUCAACUGCUCGCCUGUACGAAAAGCAUUCAUUAAUAAUUGUAAUAAAAUUGGUAAUUUACGCUCAGUAUGUUAUUAUAGCAUACAGUUUUACUACAAUAAUGAGGUGCAAAUAUCUGCAACAAUUUGCAAUAAGCUAUAUACAGCAUCUAACUACCAUUUACUCUUAUUGCAAAGAAAAUGCUGCUAUUUUUACAGAGUUUAAAUAUAAUCUAUUUUUACUUUCAGUCAGGAUAUUUCUCUGGUGUAAAGAGCUUCUAUCACUAUUUGCAUUAUAUCACGGUUCAACAAUGUUUUUAGGGUAGCUUCUGUGUUCUCACAUGUUUUACUGUACAUGUGAUUAUAUACGGUUUAUAGAAUGUUGAUCAAAACAUUGCUUUGUUUACUUAUUUUAGUUUUGUCCUUCAUUAUUGUUUAAUAGUUUAUAUUCACCACAUCAUGCUGUGACAACAUGCUGCUAUGAGAAAUAUGCUGUAUAUUUGUUCAGUGAGACGUUUACACUCUUAUCUUCUGAGCCGUAUAACAACAGAAUGCCCAGAAAUUAUCCCAUGUGCUUAGUGUUAUUACACUGUACAAAAACUACAAAUACUUUAAGUUUGUACCUGCCAACGAUUGAUGUGUGUUGUGUUUUCAUUAUAUUACCAAUCAAUAAAACUGAUUUUUA